CGGACCACAUCUAUAAACGUGCCCAUUACGGUUUGCAGUCCGGCAUUCCCGACGAAGUCGAUUUCGCGUUGUACCAUCUUGUCCAGAUAUCAAACCAGCGUUGGGACAAGUUUAAGUUUGAGGGUUUCCCCUUGCUAGCAGAGACCUUGAUGGAAAAGGCCAUAGACAUCUCCUUACUCUGCACGGGCGUGAAAUGGGAACUUCAGUACGACUUUCGUGAAUCCAUGGAUCGUGUCAACGUGCUCAACUCCCUACACGGAACACGAGAUCUGCUCAAUAAGAUCAAGAGGAUACCUGUCACAUUGCCUAGCGACACCCUGGAAACGGACGACUUCAACCACCGUCUACGAAAUGUCAAGGAGGCCACACUGGUUCUUAGGAAUAUGGUUCUGCUCAAAGAGAACGCUUUCUAUGUUUCGCGUUAUGCGAAAGGCCUUCUGAGGGAUUUCCUAGUCUUACUGAUCAAUCUUCCUAACCAGCCACGUCUCAACGAAAUCAAGAACGACGCGUUAGACAUUGCGGAAGAGGUCACCAAGUUCAUGCGGACUGAUCCUGAAGAUCCGCUCUGGAUUUCGCUGCUGGACUGCCUCGAAUCACCGGAUCGCGCCCACGUCGUUCGUGCCCUUUGGGCGAUCACACAUUUCUCCACCGAACUGGAUGAGCCGGAAGGAAACCGUGCAAUGGAGCGCAUGCCAAAACAAACCCUGCAGCAACUGUACUUUCACACUCUCCUGGACUUGGACAAAGAUGUCCUAAGUGGUGCACUCGACUUCUGGUAUCAAUAUACCCUUUCGCGUGAGAACAUCGAGACCAUGCUGGAGAUCUUCGACUUCCCAAGCGUUUUCGCGCCCCGGAUGAUUGCGUUACUGACGUACGAAGCCCGACCUAGCAAGAAAGAGACAGUGCUGCAAGAGGAGAAGGUAGCGCCGCCGCCGUCCGAGAUCCCGCGCGUGCCAGCAGAGCUCCUGAAGGACCUGAUGGAGCUACAAGAGCCGGAGCGCAGCUCUCGCUGGCUGCGCUGCUGCUUUGUCGAGGAUGCUGAAUGUGAAAUUACCCAAAUAGCUCUGUGGCAAGCGUACCAGAGCCGAUUCGCAGACCCUCGGGUUCCUGGGGGUGGUGUUCUCCCGGCAGCCGAGUUCAUCAAAAAUGUCAGUACAACCUUCACCAAUGCGCAAGCGCAAGUCAUCAACGGGCCCGGUGCGGCGACUCGCUUCAUCAUCAAAGGAAUCCGUCCGCUCGAGACCGCCUACACAUUCCAGGGAUUCCCCUACACUUACUGCAAAUGGGCCGAUAACUCCAAGCCGACGAAGACCUGCCAGCGUGCUUUUGGAUCCCCCGCAGACCUGCGCAACCACGUUUUCACCGACCACAUGGAGCUCAAGGCAACCGACACCCCCGGCCAUUACAACCUAGACGAUGCCGAAUCACCAAUCCACACCUGUAACUGGGACAACUGCACGCGGUUCCGCUCCUCUGGGCCUAGUGCUAACACCGCCAUGGUGGCCGGUCACGUGGCCUCGCACUUACCCGAAGAGCGCCCCGAGGACGCAGAGGCCCCCGUAUCCAAGCGCGCGGUGCUCCAAGAGCGCAUCGUUCGCAAGUGGUUCUACAUGGAUACUCCAGUCAACGAGAGGGCCGAGCCCAUCGGCGUAGCCUACAAGGCCGCCCUGGUGCUGCGCAACAUCGCGCGAAACCUCCCCAACGGCGUGGUCCAAAAAUACGGUCUCGUGUGGAAGAAGGCGGUCUUCCUCAGCCACCGUCCGAAGAUAGUGGAAAUAUGGGACCGGAAUCGCUCACUACGCAAGGAACUUACGGAGUUGAUCAUGAUAAUAGAGAAAGAGGAUUAUUAUUAAAUGAAUCUGCCGAGUGACGAACUGGAGUUUUUCUUUCUUUCAGGUUCCCGCUAUUCUAUGGCAUUUCUAAAGUGUGGCUGCUUCUUU